GUCUUCAGUUGUAGCAAUGGCAGCGCUGAGACAGGAGCAUCGGUAUGGGCUCUCCUGUGGCAAAAUCAACAAAAACACCCCGAAUCCAACUCUUUAUCACGUCAAACUCACUGACACCGCCAUCCGGACCCUGGAAGCCUACCAGAACCUGAAGGCAUCACUAUCAAAUCAGCCAGCAAUCUGCUUCAAGGGAAGCCAGGGGUACAUAAAGAUCCCAGCACCAACACCUGAAUCUCCAGAUGGAUUCAGAGUCUUUUCCUUCUACCUGUCCAGUGACAGCAAAGACAAGCCUCAGUCCAGCUUCGACUGCAUUCAUCAGUAUGUCUCAGGCGAGGGCAGGGAUCACCUGGAGGGCCAGGGCAGCAUUCAGGACAAGAUCACCAUUUGUGCCACAGAUGACUCCUACCAGACGACACGGGAGCGCAUGUCUCAGGUGGAGAAGGACAUCUGGAGCCGCUCAGCAAUUGAGAUCAAGCCUGGGCCAAGUAAGUGUGUGAAGGUCCAGAGGAAGCAGGGUUUGAUAUCAGCCACAGAUAGCAGCAACAAGCACUCCCCCAGCAACAAGAAGAGCUUGGUUCCUAGCCCUGUGGCACACCGGCCCUUGAGGGAUCGCAUCAUUCAUCUGCUGGCCUUAAAGCCAUACAAGAAACCUGAGCUGCUUCUGUGGUUAGAGAGGGAGCGUGCCAGUCCAAAGGACAAGGCUGACCUGACCUCAGUACUGGAUGAGGUUGGCAAGCUGAACUCUAAAGACCACAGCUACUCUUUGAAGGAUGAGCUCUACAGACAUGUCCAGAGAGACUGGCCUGGAUAUUUAGAAGAGGAAAAGCAACUCAUCCACAGACUCCUGAUCAGGAAACUUCAACCUCUCCACAGUAGCCAGAUGAAGAGUCCUCAGUCCACCCAUUCAUUCCACAAAACUCCUGGAGACUCUCCUUCUCAACUCAGUCCUGCCAAGAAUCCCCCUGUGAAACGCCCAUUACCCCCGGACUCAUCCAACUGUCAGUUCCCCAAAAAGCAAAAACUAUUAGACCCGUGUUUGCCUCUGCGGUCACCCUCACAUGGAGACUAUGGCACCAGUGGGGCAUGUAGCUCCUCUAGUCAUGGAAACUCUAGUGUACAGAUCAAAAUAGAGCUAGACAAAACCAACAAUCAUUUCCAAGGGAGUCUAAAUUGUCUGUACUCACCACACAAGCUCAGUGGGUCAUCUGCUAUUCCCAAAUUGGAGCGGACAGAGCCAGCUCCUACUGCACCCAGCCCCAAGCCCCCACACAGUGAAACCUCCAUUUGCACUGACCAACAGUUGACCAAUGGACAGCAUAAGAAGAAGAGGUCCAAAAAGCACAGAGACAAGGAACGAGAGCACUUCAAAUCAGACUGGAUAGAGACCAGUCCAGGCCUGAAGCAAAGCCAAGAAAAUCACAAAGAUGUUGGGGGAGAGAAAUGCCCUGUCAAUAGAACCUCAAUGGAGGAACUGCCUGACUAUUUAAUAAAGUACAGCACCAUAACAGCACUCGAGCAGCGUCGGCAGUAUAAGGACGACUUCAGUGCCGAGUACGAUGAAUACAGAGCUCUUCAUGACCGGAUUGGGGCUAUCACAGAGAUGUUUGUUCAGUUGGGCUCAAAGAUCAACACACUCUCCCCAGGAACACAAGAAUACAAGGUACUGUCUGGACCAGGCACC